CCCGGCUCCUCUCCUCUCCACUCGUCGUCUUGCACAAACCCCAAAACCCUACCGCCGCCGCCGCCGCCGCCGCAAUGUCCUCGUCGCCGUCUCCGGCGAGCCGCCGCCCCCCGGGCCCGCUGGCGCUGGGGCUGGAGUCCUCGGCCAACAAGAUCGGCAUCGGCGUGGUCUCCCUCUCGGGCGAGAUCCUCUCCAACCCGCGCCACACCUACGUGACCCCGCCGGGCCACGGCUUCCUUCCCCGGGAGACCGCGCAGCACCACCUGGUGCACCUCCUCCCGCUCCUCCGCGCCGCGCUCGACGAUGCCGGCGUCGCCCCCGCCGACCUCGCCUGCGUCUGCUACACUAAAGGCCCCGGCAUGGGCGGCCCGCUCCAGGUUGCCGCCGCGGCCGCCCGCGCGCUCUCCCUACUCUGGAGGAAGCCGCUCGUGGCAGUCAACCACUGCGUCGCGCACAUCGAGAUGGGCCGCGCGGUCACGGGGGCCGUGGACCCCGUCGUGCUCUACGUCUCCGGGGGAAACACGCAGGUCAUCGCCUACAGCGAGGGGAGGUACAGGAUCUUCGGGGAGACUAUCGAUAUCGCAGUUGGGAACUGCCUCGACCGCUUUGCCAGGGUCCUUGAGCUCUCCAAUGACCCUAGCCCCGGGUAUAACAUCGAGCAGCUUGCAAAGAAGGGAGAAAAAUUCAUUGAUCUCCCAUAUGCUGUAAAGGGUAUGGAUGUGUCAUUUAGUGGCAUAUUGAGCUUUAUUGAAGCUACAGCGAUUGAAAAGCUUAAAAAUAAUGAGUGCACUCCUGCGGACCUAUGCUACUCACUGCAGGAAACUGUCUUUGCCAUGCUUGUUGAGAUUACUGAACGUGCCAUGGCACACUGUGAUUCAAAGGACGUUCUUAUUGUUGGUGGUGUUGGUUGCAAUGAACGUUUACAAGAUAUGAUGAGGAUUAUGUGCUCAGAAAGAGGUGGUAGGCUGUUCGCAACUGAUGACCGCUAUUGUAUAGACAAUGGGGCAAUGAUUGCAUACACUGGUUUACUGGCGUAUGCACAUGGUGUGACCACUCCCCUGGAGGAGUCGACAUUUACACAAAGAUUCCGAACGGAUGAGGUUCAAGCGAUUUGGAGGGAGAAGGAGAUGCCUGUGUUGAGUAAUAUCCAUGCAGAUGCAAUGGCUAAAGUAUCCAAGGAUGAAGCCUCUAUGCCAACUCCAAUUAUUGUAGAUUCCUGAGGUAGUAAAUGCGUAAGCAGGACAGUGUAUGAGCAUGCAUGCAUGAGAUGCCUUUGCUUGCUGGUUUGGAGAAAGGCUCGAGGCUCAUGGCCGGCGGCUUGUACUACCGUGCUGCAGUAUGAGACUGUCAGACUGUCAGUUGCAAAGCAUUUAUGCAAGAUACUGAUCUGCAACCUGGUAAAAUGAAUGUGUUGUACUCCUAUGUCACAUUCACACGUGCCAAUAGUUGACAGUGAUCAAACUCACCAAACAUUCUGGUUUGUCAUGAUCAGCCAAGCUAGGGUAAUUCUUAAGUUAUUACUCACUCGAGUGAUGGUGUAUUGGUGCUGUUUCGAUUUGUUUCCACGGAAUGUGUACAGAUUGCGUUACAUAGAAGCUAGUUGUCCAGAACGCGUCUAUUGAUAUCUUUCUGUUGGGCAGUGACCUUUAUACCUUAUCUUUCUGUUAGGCAGUGACCUUUUUACCUCCCA